CAGCUGAUGUCUUACGUAGGCCUGGGUCCCACUUUGAUAAGGAAGGUCUGGUGGGCGCGCCAGCGCCCCCUCCCUGGAGCCGCAGCCCCAGACGGAGAGGGGAAGGGACGUGGCCGGAUCAAGAGGCAGUUCGCGGGCACAGGCACCUACCUGGCUUCCCCAGCCAGGAGCUGAGGCUUCGGGUAACAGCCUGGAGAGGGGCUGGCGGCGGGAGCGACGCCGAGAGUUCGGCUCUGGCGCACAGCAGCGCUCCCGGCACCCGCUCGCCGCAGGGCCAACCCCGGGAUGCUGGGCUCUGAGCUACUGGACAGCCGUCUCCGCCGAGGUGAGGGACCCGCGGCAUGUGACCCAGCUCCUUGACCCUGCCGUCCUGGCCUCUAGGGGCCUCAGGCUCACUGGCUUGCAGCUUAGCGCCCUCCUCCAGACCACCCCCUACCUCUGGAGGCUCGGGCAGGAGGCUGGGGCCACCUUCGGUCCCCAGACGCCUUGUCACUGGCCAGAGGCUGUGAACAUCCACACUGCUUCUGAGCGCGGGGGUCGACUGGAGUCUUCAGGGCCCUUCCUGCAAGUGUGCGGCGCUGGUGUCCCGCCCCAGCGAUGGAUCUGCUCGUGAACUUCUCCUCCUUCGCCCUCUCCACCCCGUCCUCUCUGGAGCCUAACCGCAGCCUGGGUGCUGAGGACCUGCGCCCCAGCCCGCCCCUGCUCUCCGUCUUCAGCAUGCUUGUUCUGACCUUGCUGGGCCUUCUCGUGGCAGCCACGUUCGCCUGGAACCUGCUGGUGCUGGCCACCAUCCUCCGCGUGCGCACCUUCCACCGCGUCCCGCACAACCUGGUGGCCUCCAUGGCCGUCUCGGACGUGCUGGUGGCCGCGCUGGUCAUGCCGCUGAGUCUGGUGCACGAGCUGUCCGGGCGCCGCUGGCAGCUGGGCCGGCGGCUGUGCCAGCUGUGGGUGGCAUGCGACGUGCUGUGCUGCACAGCCAGCAUCUGGAAUGUGACGGCCAUUGCCCUGGACCGCUACUGGUCCAUCGCUCGCCACCUGGAGUACACCACCCGCACCCGCAGGCGCGUGUCCAACGUGAUGAUCGCGCUCACCUGGGCGCUCUCUGCUGCCAUCUCUCUGGCCCCGCUGCUGUUCGGCUGGGGGGAGACGUACUCUGAGCACCGCGAGGAGUGCCAGGUGAGCCGAGAGCCCUCCUACGCUGUGUUCUCCACCGUGGGGGCCUUUUACCUGCCGCUCUGCGUGGUGCUCUUCGUGUACUGGAAGAUCUACAAGGCCGCCAAGCUCCGCGUGGGCGCCAGGAAGACCAACAGCGUCUCGCCCGUGCCUGAAGCCAUGGAGGUGAAGGGCUCCACGCAGCAGUCCCAGAUGGUGUUCACGGUCCGCCCCACCACCGUCACCUUCCAGACAGAAGGGGACUCGUGGCGGGAGCAGAAGGAGCAGAGGGCAGCGCUCAUGGUGGGCAUCCUCAUCGGGGUGUUCGUGCUGUGCUGGAUCCCCUUCUUCGUCACCGAGCUGGUCGGCCCCCUCUGCUCCUGGGACAUCCCUGCCAUCUGGAAGAGCAUCUUCCUCUGGCUUGGCUACUCCAACUCCUUCUUCAACCCCCUCAUCUACACAGCCUUCAACAAGAACUACAGCAGUGCCUUCAAGAGCUUCUUUUCCAGACAGCACUGACCAGGGCCGAGGGCAGAAAUGCCUUUGUCCUGGGCUCUGUGAGAAUUUGCUCUCAUGCGCUUCCACAUGCGCCCUGUAGCCACGGGGGUGGAGAAAUUCUCCAAGUGCUGCAUGGCCGUCUCAGAGCUCAGCUCACCUAUCUCCUAACUGGCACACAGGGAGACGUCUUCACCCAAGCUCCAGCGGCCUGUGUGUCCCAUCUGUCUCCUGCCCCUCACUCUGCACCAGUAGCCACAAACUUGGCCCACCAAGUGCCCGCUGCUCCUCCCCCAAGUUCACUCCAACACGGCCAAUGGCGUGGGCCUGGAGAAGCUCCAUCAUGCAGACAGGAGGGAGCGGGCAGAGCACAGGGGCAGGUGAAGAAGGGUGGAAAAGCUGCAAGGAGACUAUAACCCUAAGCUUCCAGGAGUCAUUCUCAUGUGGUCCCAGGAACUACGUCCUAACUCUUACUGGUCACUUCCAAUAUUCGACGAGAAAAUGUAGUCUAGAAAUAUUUUAAAGUACCCAGCUCUGCCGAUGAGGACAGUGAUUCCUGGCAUUUUGUUUGUGACAUCUACAUGCACACACACACACACACACACACACAAUGGAAGAGGCAGCUGCUUCAACUGGCUAGUUUACUCCAACACGUAGUCCAACCACUUAGACCAUGUGUUAAGAGCCAAAUUAAAUAUAUCCUCCCGUUUUGAAGCAACAACUAACAAACAAUGGAAAAAUCUACUAGUUUCAUAGCAUCUCACAAACUUGCUUAUUUGCUAUGGGUUUCAUGUGUAUGGAAUUUAUUGAAGUGUUUCUGGACAAAAGUCUUUAUUCUCAGAUUGGUAUUAGAGUAAAAUGACUUUUGUGAAGUUGGUGACUUCUCAAAUACAAUUUCACAACCAGUGGCUAUGAGGGCACGUCUGCCAGAUGCAUGCACGUUGGCAGGGUCAUCGACUGAUUUGUAGCUGAUCUGCUGUUGGCAUGCAAGUGUCUGCUGGGAGGCUGACCUGAGUAAGUGAUGGGAAGUAAAACAAAGGUCAGGAGGGCUCUCGGCCCUCUGCAGACUGGCUGUGUAAUUGUUGGGGUGAGGCAGCCAGGUGAUGGGGCAGGUGUGUACAACCACAUGCACUUGGUCACAGCCCCAUCUCCAGAGGCCAAGCGAAAGAACCGCCAGAAAAACACAACUGAAGAAUUUGCAGAGACCAGGCAGCUGUCCGUCCAGAAUUUUGUGCAUGCUGACUUCUCACCAAAAACAGAGGAUGGCCCAACUCACCCCAAGAAUCUUCAGACCAGAGAAGUUCUGUAGACACCUCAGAAUACUUGGUUGCCAGCAAAAGCCUGAUUUGUUGGUUGGUGGCUUCUCUUACUAGCAUAGAUAUGGAUCAAUACUUCAGGUCCUAGAAAUGUAUAUUGACGGGUUUGUUUCUCGAGAAGUCACUGGCCAGGCUAUCUCAAUUUGUCAACUCACCUCUGGCAGGACAGAGAUGAUGAGGCAUUGCUGAGCUCCUCAGAGUCCUACAAACCCAUGCAUUUCUUCAAGUGGCUAAAAGUGCAGCUUGUGUCAUCCUCAAGAGCUUUCGACUCUGAGAGGAGAAGUUCUCUGAAGUCCUGGGGCAACAGCCUCAAAGAUCACGCAACUCACAUCAGCGGCUCAGCUAACUGUGGUCUUCAUGUCCACGCCAGACGGAGCAGAAAUCUGGGAUCACAUCUUAUCUCUAAGGGAGAGCCCACAAAGUCACAAGUGUUUCUUAUAAUGUGCUUUUGCU